GUGAACUUGUUUGUCCGUUCGAUUAGUCGUUGGUUUCAGAUUGCCCCACCUGAGGAUAACCACUCAACUGAAAAGAAAAAAAAUAGAAAAUUUCCGGCGCCUUCAGGAUCCGGUGGAAAUCCUUCGAGGUGGCCAUUAUUUUUACACCGUUAAAAGUGCUGGAUUUGAUCACCUGUCUCUACCGCUUCCUGUCCUUCUCGGUAGCAUCAGCCAAUAGGAUAAUCCUAGCGAGUUUCGCCGUUUUCAUUACCGUCAUCUUCGCGAAGGUGAACCAGUAAGGAAUCAACUCAUUCACUUUGCGUUACAGUGCAAUCUCGCAAGGCUCGCUCCAUGUGCCGAGGCUAGUAAGUGGUAAUUUUUCCAAGCAAACGUGCCGUUUCCCAAUUGACCUGUAUCUGUGGAGAAGGAAUGGGAUGAUAGAAUGAAGCUAUUUCCCCGCAAGGAUGGCAGUAAUUAAACGUUGACCGGUCCAGAUCAAGUAGUGGUGGUUGUGAAAUUGGUGACAAAAAAAAAGAAGGAGUAAUUUGGGUGAAGAAAUUGGUGUGUCAGAAAGUGCAUUCGAAAGCGUUCCUGGAAUAUCAAUCGAAAGUGAAAAUUGAAAAGUAUUUCUCCCGCAGAGCAAAGCGAGCGCUAUGGAAGCUGUGAUUGGAUUUUUCCUGUUUCUGUUGGCGAUCGGAUUACAAAGUGGACGUUCUUCGCACGCGCUUGUCCUACCGGAAACGGAUUUACACAAUGAUGCCCCCGCCGCUGGUGGUGAUCUGGCGGAGGAACUUCAGAACCCGGCUUCAACAACGAGUAGAGCUGUGAUAUUUACCGAGGAUAAACUAGUGCCAACAGCGGUGCAGUUCCGUUGUGCUGAUGGAUUCUUCCGGUGCAAUAGUACGUUAGACUGCAUCGAACAGCGAAUGAAUUGCGAUGGCACCGCCGAUUGCGACGAUGGCUCUGACGAGCGCGAUUGUGAUAACGUUGUCGAUUCAUCCUACUGGGAUCACUUUUUCCGAAAACGACCGGCGGCUCUAAACGACCAUCUGCCAUUUACUUCCUGCGCUUGGAAUGACUUCAACAACUCCUGUAAGUGCCGGGCAACGGAAGUGCUGUGCGACUACAAAGACCUUACCACUCUGCCGACUUCACUGCCAAUGGAUAACAUUACACUGCUGGAUUUGACUGGCAACAGAUUUCCGGUGCUGAAUAUGAAUGUCUUUGAGAGACUCCCGGCCCUCGAUACGUUGGUCCUCAAGCACUGCUCGAUCGAGGAGAUUGUACCACCAACCAUCGCUUUGAGCGAUAUGUAUGCGCUACAUUUGGACCAGAACAAGUUAAAAGCGCUCCCGGACAUUUUCUUCCCACCAGGAACCUGGUUGCACACGCUCAUCCUGAGCGGAAAUCAGAUUAUCAAACUGACAAAGGGAAACUUUAUGAAUCUAAAAUUCCUCAAGGAACUUGAUUUACGGGAUAAUCAAAUCGAGGCACUCGAAGCGGAAGUUUUGGCGCCACUGGUUGAUCUGAGAAUUCUAUACCUCAACAACAACAAACUAACGAAACUGGAUCCGGGAAUGAUCCCACCGCUAGCCGCACUGCGGACGCUGUCGGUGGCCCGGAACCAAAUUCGCACCGUCACCGCUGGUGCGCUGGAUUUGCCCUCGCUGGAGCAUCUCUAUCUCUCCGAGAACCGACUGCGGCUGGUGGCGAACAACACCUACGGUAACCUACCGAGUUUACUGGGAUUAUUUUUAAAUGACAACGAAAUUAGCCACUUCCAGCUUGGCGCCUUUGCCGGCAUCUACAAUCUCACUACCAUGAACCUAAAGGGGAAUAAAUUCACCCGGAUAGACGGACGAGUGCUGGAAAACCUCACCAGCUUGAAUUACAUACAUUUUACGGAGUUCCACCACUGCAAGGCGGCCCUACAUGUACGGGUGUGCGAACCGCGGGGGGACGGCAUCAGUAGCAAGAGCCAUCUGCUGGACAAUCAAGUGCUGCGGUCCAGUGUGUGGAUCAUGGCUGCGGUUGGAAUAAGCGGUAAUUUGCUGGUGCUAUUCGGACGGUACGUGGUAGGGACCAGAAGUAGUCAGGCCCACGCUGAACAUUCCCUCUACCUGAGGCACCUGGCCGCCAGUGAUCUGAUGAUGGGAAUUUAUCUGGCGAUUAUUGCCACGGCUGAUAUUAUGUUCCGGGGACAAUACAUACUGCACGAGGAAGAAUGGCGAACCAGUGGAUUGUGUGCCUUCAGUGGUUUCCUUAGCACACUGAGCUGUCAAUCGUCGACGCUGCUGCUGACCCUGGUCACCUGGGACCGAUUGAUUUCUGUCACCCGGCCACUGUACCAGCGUUCCGGCAGCAAAACACGUGUCAUCAUGCGCCUGGCACUGCUCUGGGGCGUGGCGGCCUCGGCGGCGGCAGCUCCCCUCUCGGCGACCGACUAUUUCGGACCGCAUUUCUACGGAAGCAACGGAGUGUGCCUUUCGAUUCACAUUCACGACCCGUACGCCAUGGGCUGGGAGUACUCGGCCGGGCUGUUCAUCCUUGUUAACACAUUCUCGCUGCUGUUCAUCGGGACGUCCUACCUGCGGAUGUUGCAGGCGAUCCGGGUGUCUCGAAACGAAACACGGAAUACGCUCAACUGCCGGGAGAAGAUAGUGGCCCGAAGGUUCGCCAUCAUCGUUGCGACCGAUUGCCUCUGCUGGAUGCCGGUGAUUGUCGUCAAAUUGGUGGCCUUGGGAGGUGUGCGAAUCUCCCCAUCGUUAUACGCGUGGCUUGCUGUGAUGGUGCUUCCGGUCAAUUCAGCCCUGAACCCGGUGCUCUACACGCUGACAACGGCACAGUUCAAGCAACAGCUUACGCGGUUCUUCUACUCACUACCAUGUGGCGCUUCGCCCGAGCUGAAUGGAUACGACUCAGCGAUAGAUUCGAGGAAUAGUCUUGCCCAAUUUACCUUUAGCAGUGGAAGCACCAGGCGGAUACCGCAGCGGAGGGACCGUGCUUCCACCAACACCAGACUGUACGAAUUCAAAUAGCCAACAGUUGGGG